UUGACAACUUCUCGUAAGAAAAACAAAAACUGUUGUUGGCGUUGUUGUGUCUCCGGUUUUUUUCACAAAUCAAUCAAUUUUCAUUUUGUAAUUUGAUCGCAUUUGCUGUGAAAGCAAAAUCCGCGGAUCGUUCGUGCUCUCGGUGUGAAGCGGAGUGUGCUGAGAGGCAAUCGGUAAACAUGCAAAAGUACGAAAAGUUGGAGAAAAUCGGCGAAGGAACGUACGGAACCGUGUUCAAAGGAAAGAACCGGGACACGCUCGAAAUUGUGGCUCUCAAACGGGUUCGAUUGGACGAGGACGACGAAGGGGUGCCCAGUUCGGCGCUGCGGGAAAUUUGUCUGCUGAAGGAGUUGAAACAUAAAAACAUUGUCCGGCUUUACGAUGUGCUGCAUUCGGACAAGAAACUGACCCUCGUUUUUGAGCACUGCGACCAGGACCUUAAAAAAUAUUUUGAUAGUUUGAACGGCGAAAUAGAUCCGGAUGUUGUGAAGAGCUUCAUGUACCAGUUGCUUCGAGGUUUGGCCUUUUGCCACAGCCAUAACGUUCUGCACCGUGAUUUGAAGCCCCAGAAUCUGCUAAUCAACAAAAACGGCGAACUCAAGCUGGCCGAUUUCGGGUUGGCCCGGGCUUUCGGCAUUCCGGUCAAAUGUUACUCGGCGGAAGUGGUCACACUUUGGUACCGACCGCCGGAUGUUCUGUUCGGUGCCAAGCUGUAUACGACCAGCAUCGACAUGUGGUCAGCGGGCUGCAUCUUCGCCGAGCUUGCUAAUGCCGGUCGGCCGCUUUUCCCAGGUUCGGACGUCGACGAUCAGUUGAAGCGAAUUUUCAAGUUGCUCGGAACGCCCACCGAAGACACCUGGCCGGGCAUUACACAGUUGUCUGAUUACAAACCAUUCCCCUUGUACCCACCGACGACGUCCUGGAGCCAGCUGGUGCCCCGGCUCAACUCCAAGGGCCGCGACUUGCUGCAAAAGCUGCUCAUCUGUCGACCUACGCUGAGACUGAGCGCGGAACAGGCGAUGGCGCAUCCGUACUUUACGGAAAACUGAAAGCGGUUAUAGCUUGGUGGGCGCCAGCUGUCCCGUCCAGCGUGGCUACCCGGUUGACCGCGUGUCCUCUCAGUGUCUGCUUUUCCUUGAACCAACUUGUGUGAUGUAAUUUUAAGUUUAUUUUUUGUUACUUAUUGUGUUGAUUGUUUUUUUUUUCUUUUUCGAAUGCUAGUGAGUUUGCUUGAAAAAAUCAAUACCUCUAACUACAAAACCUAUCAACGAUGCCAUAAAUAUGCAUUUUCUCAAACACCCAGUUAAUAUUUUAAAAAAAAUCUCAACCGUUUUCCCAUUUGCUUUGGCCCAUUUGUCAAAAGGAUAUACAUGAGUCAUUUCAUAAACAGAAAAAUUGCCCCUGUUCGCAUAAAUGUAUUUAGCUUUUUUGAAAGUUCACAUAAUUUUAAACCAAAAAAAGUGAUGAAAAUGCAUAUGGGUCUUUUAUGCGAACAGGGGCAGUAAAGUGGUUUCAUUUAUUGAUCCGUAAUUUAAAAUGUCAAUGAACACAGUAAUAUUUGAAAAAAAAAAGCAGUUGAGUUGACCAUAUUCUUUAAAUAUUUAAUUAAUAAAAGUAGAGAAAGACUUUCGAAAAACGUUUGCAAAAGCAACCUAGUGAUGAAAUACGACCACUUUCCCUCUUGAGUGUUGUGUAAAUAAAGAUAAUGACACACACUCUGUCAUCAUAAAUUAUCUAUGAUAUAGGAUUAAUGUAAGCUACUCAUGUAACUUGUACCUAAUAAAAAUAUUCAAAAUAAUCGUAAAA